AGAAGUAAUCUUUGAGUGACAUUUGGAAUGAUGUGUAAGAUUACUUCUUUGUCUCUAUGAAAUGGUUAUGGAAAAAAACAAAAGUAUCUAAAAUGGAAAAACUUUAAAGGAUCAACUGAAAACAGGGACUUUAAUCUCACUGGUUUUAGGACUAAGCCUGGCUCUUAAUUUCAGAACUGAUUUCCAGCAGAGAACAGUUAAGUCAGCUUUUUUUUUUUUUUUACAAGAAAAAAUUAAUUUGUGUUAACAUUGUAGGCAAAGAAGGCUUUGCCUGAUUUUUUAAGUUUACCAUUUUCUGAGUGUGUUUAUUGUUUAAAUGGGAUGUUUGCAUUUGAUAAUCUUAGAUAUAAGAUGAUGCCCAAAGUGGUUAAAAUGUUUGGCCUGGUAUUUCUCUUUAUUUUGUUAAUACAGUUUCCCCUUGCUCUGGGGAUUAAAAUCCUUUUCUCUUUAGCCCAAUCACAUUUGUCAAGGGAGGGCCUUUAUGAAAAGGCUAUUCUUUGAGGUCUUGAAGUGGAAAUGAUUAGUUCUGAAAAUUCUUCCCUUAGUGGCAUUUAUAGCAUUUUAUAAUUAUUGAAGGCUGACUCAAUAUCUUCCCUCCAGAAUGCUAAAGAAUAAUUUAAGCAAAAGUUCAGAUUUUAAAAAUGAAGAUGACUCAGUUUUUUCACAGACUGAACACAAUAUUGUUGCAACUUACUUGAUAAUGGCAGGUAUGAUAAGUAUUCUCAGCAACAUAAUAGUUCUGGGCAUCUUCAUUACAUAUAAGGAACUCCGGACACCCACAAAUGCAAUUAUCAUUAACCUGGCUGUUACUGACAUAGGGGUCAGCAGCAUUGGCUAUCCCAUGUCUGCUGCUUCAGAUCUGCAUGGAAGUUGGAAAUUUGGAUAUGCAGGAUGCCAGAUUUAUGCUGGAUUGAAUAUCUUUUUUGGAAUGGCAAGUAUUGGCUUACUCACAGUUGUGGCCAUGGAUCGAUACCUGACCAUUUGCCGUCCUGAUGCAGGAAGAAGAAUGACCACCCACACUUACAUCAGCAUGAUUCUGGGGGCCUGGAUCAAUGGGCUCUUUUGGGCUUUGAUGCCUAUCCUAGGGUGGGCCAGUUAUGCCCCAGACCCUACUGGGGCCACCUGUACCAUAAACUGGCGGAAAAAUGAUGUAUCUUUUGUUUCUUUCACAAUGAUAGUUAUUGCAAUAAAUUUUAUUGUGCCCUUGACUGUGAUGUUUUACUGCUAUUACCACGUCACUCGAUCAAUUAAAUGUCAUGCUACCAGUAACUGUACUGAGUACCGCAACAGAGAUUGGGCAGAUCAGGUAGAUAUAACAAAGAUGUCUGUGAUAAUGAUAUUCAUGUUCCUGGUGGCGUGGUCCCCUUAUUCGAUUGUGUGCUUAUGGGCUUCUUUUGGGGACCCAAAGAAGAUCCCCCCCUCCCUGGCCAUCAUUGCCCCGCUGUUUGCAAAGUCUUCUACAUUCUACAACCCCUGCAUUUAUGUGGUUGCUAACAAAAAGUUUCGGAGGGCAAUGUUUGCCAUGUUCAAAUGUCAGACUCAUCAAACUAUGACCAUGAUGAGUUUUUUACCAAUGGAUGUACAUCAAGCCCAUUGACUUCUGGAAGAAUCUGAAAUAAGAGGAAAGCACAAGUUAUUAAUA